AUGACUUUCGGUGUUGGAAUAUUUUUAAAUUUCGCCCUCAGACAUGACGACAAGUUAGGCAAAAGAUGGCGGACUGUGGAGUACAUAGGUGGGGAAGGAAGGCCAGCCACAAAUGCUCUUGAUGUUGUCGAACCAGCCAGAGUUGAGUUCUGUGCUAUGAAGCUGGGGCAAAACAUUGCUGAUGAUUUCGAGAAAGUCGCCUCAAACAAUGAUGAAGAUGACGACGGAAUUGAUGAAGAAGGGGAUGAUGACGAUGGAGACGACGACGAUGAUGGUGGUGCGGUACUCGGGCCGUGGUCCACAUAUAAGGACUCGAGUUACUUCAAAAUGCUGCUGCAACAACAUCACUUCCACUACAACAAACUCUAUCGCAACAACAACAACAAUAAUAAUAAUAACGCUAGUAACGAUGAUGCUGAUGACCUAAUGGAUGACAUAUUUAACUAUCACAGUGUUGAUCAGUUCAUCGGCAGUCUCAUGCUCUUGAAUGGGAACAAGUUUUUUAAGCACCGCCACAAAAAUAAAAAAGUUUAUGAAGAAGAAAAAGAAGAUAAGGAUGAUGAUGAUGAUAAGGAUGAUGAUGACGAUGACGACAGUUGUGACAAGUAA